AUAAAAUAUAGUGAUGGUAGUAUUCAAAAAUAUAUAUAUGGUACAUGUCCAAAUCCUGAACAAUGUCGCUGUCCAAAAGAUGGUUUUUAUUCAGCUGGCCAGACGUGUGAGAUGUGCUCAGCUAUUACAAACUGUAAUCUGGAAACAUGUACAUCAUCAUCAAACCAGAGGUGUUCUAGAUGUGAAGGAGUACGAGAUGAAAAACCUGGCUACAGAGCCUAUCUUAUUUCCAGUGAUAAAAAACGUUGUACAAAGGCGUGUUCUUGGCGAUCUGAUAGUACCCCAUGUUAUCCCGGAAGCUGUGCUGAUGAACUUGUAUCAAAUUGUAUAUGUACGUCAGGAUUUACAGGAUCAAAAUGCGAUAAAAUAACCAAAAAGCCGUCAAUUAAAGAGAAUAUACUAAGUCUGACAGCAGCUAAUACUGGCGGUACAACUCAUGCACCAGGAAAUACAAAUGCCGGACCAGUUCAAGAUACUGUAUGGACUAAUAUGGUUAAUCCUGUUAAUAUUCACUUCAGAUUUACGGCGGAUUACCAACCAGUUGUGCCUUCUCGACAGGCGUAUGUCAAGGAUUUUAAAGUUGGCAUUAUAAGUGCGAGUUUACGUCUGGAAAGGGAUGUCAAUAAUAUUAUUUCUCAUCGUUGUGGUGGAACACAGAGUCGAAGUAAUCCUAACCGGGGUGUGUUUACCUGUGAACAGACAUUAACAGAUUUAUCUCAGUUAUCUCUACCAUUUAAUCACAAGGAUGUACUCUCGUUUUCGAUGUCAGUUGCCAAUGGUGGAUUUGUUAAGAUCGAAAAUAAAGAAACAAACUUGGUGGAAACUGCAUACCUACAAGGAUUGACUCAAACCAAUACAUUUUCUAUAACAUUUGACAGUGUAGAUCCAUAUCAUUGUAAACCCCAGUCAGGAUGUUCUCUAGAUAUGCUCUCUGAUGUAGACUUAUCUAAACAGCGUACUAAACGUUUUUCAUGGGACGGCUGGGUGGAUGCAGAUGCUGGGAUUAAAGAAUACGAGUAUGAACUUUUUGAACUUCAUCGUGUUGGUAAUGAACUUGGUGUCAAGGCGAGGAAGUCGGACUCGAGAACUACCUCAAAAAGGGUUGUUGUUACAUUCCCCGAUCCCGCCGUAUAUUCCAUAAUUUUAUCAGCCUAUGAUAAAGCUGGAAAUUAUAAGAAGGCCAGACGAUUGGUAAUAUUUGAUGACACGUCUGCUGUAACAACGACGUCUGGGAGUGUGCUUAGAGUGACAACUGCUCUUUCCACUACCAAUUACAAAUGGCAGACUAAUUUAAAUUCUGUUACAAUCAGUUGGACUAAUAGAUAUAUCAACACAGUACAUCAUAAUGGUCGUUUUCUAGCAGCUGUUAAAUCAGAACCUGGUGUAGAGUCUCAAUAUGAUGAUAAUUAUGGGUCUAGAACAACGCAGCCAAUCAGCAAUGUACAAGGUAACAGGUUUAAUUAUGGCUUGAAGGUAUGA